AUGCCAGCAAGACCCAGGGUUCAGCUGGCAUGGCUCUGCAUUGUCACUGUGUCCGUGGUGAUUUACCCAGCCCUGCUGCACAAACCUCCCAAGAGGAGGACGAGCAACGGGAACGCACAGCUGAAGAUGCCGGGCUGCUGCGAGGAGAUCAAGGAGCUCAAGCUGCAGGUAGCCAACCUGAGCAGGAUGCUGCAGGAGCUGAGCAAGAAGCAGGAAGGGGACUGGGUGAACGUGGUGAUGCAGGUGAUGGAGCUGGAAGGCAGCACCAAGCAGAUGGAGUCGCGCCUCGUCGACGCCGAGAGCAAAUACUCCCAAAUGAACAACCAGAUUGACAUCAUGCAGCUGCAGGCAGCUCAGAUGGUCACACAGACAUCAGCUGUAGAUGCUGUUUAUGACUGCUCAUCACUUUACCAGAGGAACUACAGAAUUUCUGGUGUUUACAAGUUACCUCCUGAUGAAUUUUUGGGAAUUCCAGAUCUGGAGGUGUUCUGUGACAUGGAGACAGAUGGAGGAGGCUGGACUGUCAUCCAAAGGCGUAAAGUUGGCUUGACAUCGUUCAAUAGGGACUGGAAACAAUACAAGGAAGGAUUUGGCAAUAUUAGGGGAGAUUUUUGGCUGGGAAAUGAAAAUAUCUACAGACUUUCAAGACGCCCCACUGUCCUGCGAGUAGAGCUGGAGGACUGGGAAGGAAACACACGCUAUGCCCAGUAUGGGCACUUCACCCUGAGCAAUGAAAUCAACAGCUACAGGCUCUUUGUGGGCAACUACAGCGGCAACACCGGGCGGGACUCCCUGCGCUACCACAACAACACGGCCUUCAGCACGAAGGACAAGGACAACGACAAGUGUGUGGAUGACUGUGCCCAGUUCCGGAAAGGUGGGUAUUGGUACAACUGCUGCACAGAUUCCAACCUGAAUGGGGUUUACUACCGCAGAGGAGAGCACACCAAGAACAUGGAUGGCAUCACCUGGUACGGGUGGCACGGCUCCACGUACUCCCUCAAGAGAGUGGAGAUGAAGAUCAGGCCAGAGGAUUUCAAACCAUAG